UGUUGACAUGACAACGCAAUAGAGCAGUCUACUUAUGCCGAAUAUGAAUUGUGGAACCGCAUGCCUUUGUGCGUCGAGGGUCCAUGGAAAAUGAUAAACACCAAUAAAAGCUUUCAUAGGUCGUAUUUUAGGGGUCGGGAAAUCGACCCUGUAUGCAUGCACUCCCUGACACAUUCUAUGCAUUAUGGUAGAUAGGCCUACAUUGAAAAUUCGGCUUAUGGAAAAUAGGCAAACUUAAUCGAUCGGGUUACGUUGAGUAUAGAUUUUCGCGUUGUGUUGUUGUAUUGACAUCACAAUAAUAAGCUUUCUGGGUAAACUGCAUGGAGGCUUCAGUGAGUUUGCAACCUUUACUUCGGAUAUGAAAACACAGAGACCUUGAAGAUGUUUUAAUUUUGCUCAGUCAGUGGAGUCAAUGAGUGGUUAUAAGUUAGUGACAGGGGAACAGGCAUGUAAUUGAAGUGGAGUACAUGUACUUCUAAGGCAGAGCACUCCUAAGGCAACUUAUGAUGAUUAAAGCUGUGGAGUAUAAUCAUCAUGGUCCAUUGGUCUAUCUAUGGAGCUUAGCUGGCUGAAUUGUGAGGGACACUCCGUGUGGGGUGAGUGAGAACGUUUUGAAUCACCCAGGCGAAACCGACUGCUGAAAAGACCGUCCCAGCCACACACCACAGCACAGGUCCGGGAUCUUAGAGCAGUCCAACCAACCAAAGCUUGUCCAGAGUCAAUCUGGGCUUGAAUGGAGUCUGUCUUUGAAGGAACUACAGACCCAUUUGACGGACCUACCAUCAGUUUAUUCCAGGUCUUUUGUCGGUCUUCAAUAGUCAUCAUUAGGGGUGUAUCCAGACACCCCCACCCAUCAUUCAGCGGCGCUGGCAUGAUUCGCAGCAGUGCAUUGUGGGAUGUUGUGUCUCUCAUACCCGCACUACAGUCGCUGGUGGAUUGAAUCGUGCAGACGUAAAUUAGAUCAUCAAGGAAAGACGACUCUUUGUUUUCAGCAAUAACUGAGAAAGAUGGGACAUUAAUUAUCAUGGCCACUUAAACGCUGCUAGAGGUGUGGAUGGGUUGAUCUUCCUAUUCUGGAUUGUAAGUGCUGCGCGCUGAGCAGCUAUUACUAGUCUUUGCCAUGACUGACUACUCGACAUCUCAUGUAGACGACAAUCGGGAUAACAUCAUCUCAGGAUCGCAUUUUCCUCAUUCUCAUCUCCACGCGGUUAAUAAUAACAUUCAUUCCCAAUCCCGGCAUCCAAACGGUAAGAUGAGACUGGGCAAGAGCAACAGUAGCCCCGCUACUCCGGUAGGCGAGCUACCGCCUCUGGUCGGAGUCCCGCAUGACAAACCACGCAAUCACCAAACAACGCAUGAGACUAGCAUGAUUCCAGCUGUCUGCCGUGGGGUGUUAGACAGCGAAAACCCCGCCAUCCCCGGCACGCCCAGCCCGCUCAUGAGACGCCGCUUGAAGUACAUGGUACGGCAAUGUUCAGACUCGGAACUCCUCAAGAAUAACCGAGGUUUGGGACGAUUGAAGUUAGCACCGGCAAGCGGCACAGCCAGCCCCGUGCCUCACCCACCGGACCAAAGCCCUCGCUCGCUAAACUCCUCGGAGUCAAACUCACCCAGGAUUCUCCGCAAACCUCACACAGUUAACUCCUCCCGGACUGGACCGGGUAGGAUCAGCCGUUCACUGGAGGCUUCACCCAUGGUUAACAGGCGUGUUCGUAGCGGUGUGAGGCGAAACUCAGGCGGGCGGGACUCAUCCCCGUCCUCAAGACCAACCUCACCACCUUCAGACAACCACCGCCCUAGACCUUUCUCCUUCGGAUCUUACAGCGAUGUACUUCAGUUUGUUUCAAGUAGUAAUGAACCAUCUACGAGAUCUCCAGGGUCUCCCUUUGUUUCUAGGAGGACAGUGGGAGUAAGAGGUGGAGGCCCCUCCCCUCCUAGUCGAGCAGAUACACCUGCUAAUGAUGCCAUAUCGAUACAUGACUCCAAGAAAUCACAUCACAUAUCUUCAUCAUCAGGGGAUCGCAGUGAAGUGCAAGAAAACGAGGAGACUAGUCUCGUUUUGGAAGAGCAUGUGGAUCAUGAGGAAUCUAUGCUCCCGAGAAGGAGACUACGACGUGACUCAGGCUCCCAGCAUGCACAGCGAAACUCCACUGGUCCCGUGCUCAGUGAUAACAAUAGAAACUUCUCAAAGAAAUCCCAACAAGUUGCUGCCCCCACGGGCACCAGUGACUACCCUCAUUAUCCACAUGAGGAUCAAGUGGUUGAUCACCUGGUUGAUGACGACACGGGGUAUCCUAGUAACCUCUACGACAUCCAAGAAAGGCGGGAGAGUAUUUUGAGCAUCGAGGCGGUGCAAGAAAUCGCGCGUCGAUUCGCCAAAAACGGUGAAAAGUCCUCCAGUGAAUCCAGGAGCAAUGCGACGGAUGAUGACGAUGACGAACAAGACAAAAGCAGAAAGCCCGAGAAAAGCAGAAAGCCCGAGAGACAACCUACACCAGAAUAUAGGAAGCAACCGCUCUCCACGGACACACGCGUCUCCAAUUGGUUGAAAGGUAUACAAGACCCAACAGAGAGGGCCCCGACUACUCUGGAGAGAAUAUUACCAGAUAUUAUAUAACGAUAAUUGAUCAAUUAUUGAUCGGCAAUUCGCCCUGAAAGUAUAAAGAGUACAAAAUUGACGCCAAAGGCCAAAUAAUGUAUUCAUGUCAAGACGCACAAAAGUGUUUGUCAAAAGAAGUAGGUAUUUAACAUUACAUGAAAAUGUAGUUUGUGUCAGGGUGUGCAUUAAAAAAAGAUGGUGUGUGCUGAGGCUGUGCUCUUAGCAACAACUGAUCGACAAAUAUCAACUCGUUGUCGACACUAAACUGGCGCGGGAUCACUGCAUAUACAUGUGUGUGGACAAGUAAAGUCACGGUCAACUGUCAGUUAAAUGGAGUGGGUGGUACUUUGUGUGAAAAAAAAACCCCGAAGGGGCGGGGUCAAACCGAAAAAAACCCGUCUCUUUAAAGAUACACAAUUACUUGAAGGUACAUGUUGACAAUUUAUUUUAAUUUUUUUUGCAAACAUACAACCUUGAUGCACUCUGAAUUAUGAGAUGGUUGUCAACUGCAACGUUGUAGUAUCGUAAAAUGAUGAGUUUUUGACUCUUCAAAUACAGACUAUCAUUGUAAACUGUAAAAGGUGAAAACAAAGGUAUUGCCUAUGUUAAUAGAUUACAGGUGUACUUUAAAUGUACUCAGAGGUCGUAUAAUGGCGAGCUGGUUUUGCAGAUGAACGUAAUAAAUAUGCAAAUGUGCUUUCAAAUGAA